GGCUCCGCCCGGGGGAGGGGAGGGCGGCGGGGUUCCAGCGCUGGAGCGCCGGACUGCCGGGGCUUCCUCAGUUGAGGGCUCCCCGGGAGAGUUCGAGUCGCGGCUCUACCCCAUCCGGACGCAAGUGCCUCCUCUCCCGGGUUCCUUCUCGGCCUCGCCAAGUCUUCGUAGCCUCCCCCUCUCCCCAACCACUGCUAUCCAAAUUUAUAAUCCUAAUAACCUGAUCUCCCGCUCCUCCCCGCCAGCCUCCGCCCUUGCUCCCCCCCACCCCUUCUCUUUCCAUCUCCUUCGGCACCAGAGAGCAGGGGUGUCAGCCUGGGGCGAGGCGCGGAGAGAGGGGUGGUGGUGGCGAGCGAGGCGGCGAACCCUGGGAUUUUUGUCUGCCUGGGCGCAGCCAAGUCCGGCUGUUUCUACCGAGCGCCGAGCCGGUUGCAUCCCCAGGCAUCUCGCUCUUGAAAUAAACGUCAACGGGGGGGACCUCAGACGGGCACCCCUCCUCUCCCCGGCUCCCCCGCCCGCCCCAUGUCCGCUGGGGAGGCUUCCUGGUGCGGAGGCAGCCGUCGCCGCGGCGGAGGCGAUCCGUGGGUGACCGCGUCUGCGAGGGACUUGGCCACACCACCACCCUGCCGGAAUUUGGAGAGGGAGAACCAGCUGCUUGCAGUCCCCUCCCCCUCCGCCACCAUUUCGGGACACCCCGCAGAGACCGGUUUCGGGAUACCCCGCGACUUCUUCCAAGAAAGGACGCGAGGUCCCCUGGUCCGUCCCCCUCUCCCCCAGCUCGGGCGACCACCUGUCCCUGACGUGUUGACGCAUCUCCCAUGACCCUGCGGUGCCUGGAGCCCUCCGGGAAUGGCGCGGACAGGACGCGGAGCCAGUGGGGGACCGCGGGGUCGGCGGAGGAGCCGUCCCCAGAGGCGGCGCGGCUGGCCAAGGCCCUGCGCGAGCUCAGUCAAACAGGAUGGUACUGGGGAAGCAUGACUGUUAAUGAAGCCAAAGAGAAACUGAAGGAGGCUCCCGAAGGGACGUUCUUGAUCAGAGAUAGCUCGCACUCAGACUACCUACUAACCAUAUCCGUUAAGACAUCAGCUGGACCGACUAACCUUCGGAUUGAGUACCAAGAUGGGAAAUUCCGGUUGGAUUCUAUCAUAUGUGUCAAGUCCAAGCUUAAACAGUUUGACAGUGUGGUUCAUCUGAUUGACUACUAUGUCCAGAUGUGCAAGGAUAAACGGACCGGCCCGGAAGCCCCGCGGAACGGGACUGUUCACUUGUAUCUGACUAAACCUCUGUACACAUCAGCGCCGUCUCUGCAGCAUCUCUGCCGACUCACCAUUAACAAAUGUACCGGUGCCAUCUGGGGACUGCCUUUACCAACAAGACUAAAAGAUUACUUGGAAGAAUAUAAAUUCCAGGUAUAAGUAUUUCUCUCUCUCUUCUCCUUUUUUUUUUUUAAACACAUGCCUCAUAUAGAAUAUCUCCGAAUACAGUUAUGUAAGACUACCUGGUGGCCCUUCUCUGGAUAAAUGCACAGAAUUCUUUCUUAAGGACAGUUGAGCUCCAUCUAAUUUAAAGGUGUGAAGAUGUAGCUAGGUAUUUUUAAAUUCCCCUAGGUAGUUUCAACUGAGUGAUGCCUCCUUUUCCUAUGGCUGGGUAAGAUCAAAUGGCCCUUUAAAAUUAAAAACAAAACAUCCCAUGUAAAGGCGAGGGAAUAUCGCUAUCAGAAUGACCUGCCUUUUUUCCGGUUCCUAUGCACUGGGUCAAAAGUCCAAGCUCCAUAGGAGAGACAGUUGUGUGUAGGAAAAGACCCUGGCUGGCCCAGGCUUAGCUCCCCUUGUAGAUGCCUGGUGACCAGUCUGUGUUAGAACAUGUUAUGUGUUACAUAGUGAUGUAUCUAGUAGGAGUUUUGUUAAACCAAUCAUGCUUGUAUUUACCCCUCCAUUUAUGCAAUUAACCAAAUCGACCCAAAAUUAGUCACCAUGAGAUCCUGUACUUGUCUUUUACUACAUGUAUGAACUCUCCCGUGAAUGAGUACUGUAGUAAUCCACUUCAAGGCAGCCUUACUUACAGAAACAUUUCAAACUGGUGCAAACAGAAGAGACUUCUCUCUUUUCCUUUUAAGGCUAAAGACAAGAAUGUCAUGCUCUACAGGUGCAACUCAAUUCUCAAUAAUAAAACCCAAUGUAGAUAGAGACAUUUUACCCUGAAGUAGCUGUGAGUCCUAGCCUAUUGCCAUUGGUUUUUGGAAAUGGCUUUAGAAGUUUCCAAGUCGUCCUUGAAUUGUCUGACCACGGACAUCAACAGCUCCCUCCCUUCUACCAUGUAGAACACUGACUUCCUUUUCUUCCAGAUAUAGGGGGUACUUGCCUGUUUUUCCAAGUGUUUAUUUACUGCUGUUACUAUUUGAUUAGAAUGUAUUAAAUAAUUAAAAAAAAACCCUCUGACUUUUA